GUAACUAAUAUGGCGGCCACUGCGAAAUUUACUUUCAAACUUUGUAGUCAAAUCUGGAUCAGAUGGGAACGCAUUGCGCUUCUUGGUCGUCAUACGCGAGUUACUAUGAGUCACAAGGGACUUACGAUAUGUAAUCGAGGACUAUGUGUGUCCAGCGGUAAGCUGUUAGUGCUAAGCAUACGGGAAAAAAUAGAGAAACCGGGCGGCCAUGUAUAACCCAAGGUGAAAGAAAAAAAAAACAGGCAAAUAAAUAAAACGUUCAAAAUUUGUGUUCCUUAUUGAAAACAAAAUCAAACGGUACUUCCACGGGUAUAUACACUAAAACUUGACUUCUUAAUUAAUCCCAGUAGCCCUAGUUUUGUUUUAAAUUUUGUUACUCACGGAAAAGAUUCCUAACUUAAAUAAUUUUUUUUUUAAUACUGAUGUUUGAAGACCAAUACUCGAUGUUGGAGGACCAAUGUUAACAAAGAGCAAGACCAGAUUAUGAGGGGCCACAACAUAACACUGCCCCCCCCCCCUUCCCCUCCACCUACUUACCUCUAAAUCUGGACUAUGUUUCUGUGUGUCUAAGUAGAUCACAGAGGACGUCAAAUGUGGUGAGAACAAAAAAAGUGGUACACAAGGUCCAGCUGAGUGUGUCAUUGAUGUUCCUACCAUAUAUGAUAUUUACAUCCUCUUUCCUGGGUUUCAUUUAGUAUAUCAGUGAUGAUUACAUUUUUAUUUCACUGUUCAGUUUCCAUACAAAAGAUGCCAGACACUGAAUGGAAAGCAAAACUCACUCCUGAACAAUUUGCCAUCUGCAGACAAAAGGGAACGGAACCAGUAAGGCAAACAUUAUGUAAAAUUAAGGGUGUUUUUAAGACAAAAACCGAUGUUUACACAAGGUUGUAAUUUAUUUCCAUAAUUAUUUUAAAUUUUCUUCUGUAAAAUAUUGAAUUUGGGAAUUUUGAAAUAACUAAUUUUUUUCUGGUUUGUUGAGUAUCUCUGUGUUUUAUGCAGUCCUCAAUUAGUGUUGGUCAUGCACUAGAAUAAAUCUUGACACUUGAAUACAUUUACGUACUCAAAAAUUGUUUGCAGCCAUGGUCUGGUCAGUAUGUUGAUUUCAAAGGAAAAGGAAUAUACAAGUGUGUUUGCUGUGGCAGUGAUCUGUUUUGGUAAGACCUUUUUUUCUUGUAACAGUCAUCAUUGGUUCCUCACUGCUGUAAAUCAUUUUUUGUUGAAUGCAGUUCACUGAAUUUAAGGAGGAGAUCACUAGUUAUAAGUGACCAUCAGAUGUGCUGCUAUGGUUGGUUGAUUAUCAGUAGUUGGCAUAUUUCAAUCCUCGCUGUCUCACUGAGUUUUCCUUUAAUUGUCUGUUGCACACCACACACUUCUUCUGUUGUGUGCUUACUGAUUGGUGCAGUCAUGCUUGUGUAUUUUCUGUUUCACCUUGUUUGAUUUCACCUUUGUUUAUAUUGCUUUAUUGAUCCUUACUGUUUAAAGGUGAAAGAGCAUGGUCAAAAAACUUUUACUUCUUUCCAAAGCAAGUCAUAUUUGGAAAUCUAAUGCUUUUAAUGCUUUAUGCAUUGUAUUUUACAUGUAUACUUACCACAGGGAAUAUUUUGUUGGUUUACACAAUUCCAGCUCAUCCACAAAAUUUGAUUCUGGCACUGGUUGGCCAUCAUUCCAUUCUGCUAUAGAAGUAACCUCUAGUGAUGCAACAACACUUCAGCUUUCAGUAGCUGAAAAGCACGAUUACAGCCAUGGUAUGAUUAGAGUUGAAGUACUUUGUCAAGAGGUGAGAUAUUUUUUUCCAAAGUAAUAAAGGUUUACAAAUUCAUAUAUUUUACAUAACAAAUAAAAUAAGCACACUGAACCCAGUAACUUACAGCCUGAUUGGGGAGUAAACAUGAUCAUGUUGGAAAUAUAAUCAAUAAAGAAAUGAAAUAACCCACCAAAUGAGGGAGUAGAUAUAUGGCAGUUGGAGGGAAUUGCAACUUACAGUAUUGUGUGGUUCUCAUUUCUUUUCUUAGUGUGAUUCUCAUCUUGGUCACGUAUUUCCAGACGGUCCUCCACCCACUGGGUUGCGAUACUGUAUCAACAGUGUAUCACUGAAGUUUAAUCCAAACAACAAGGAAUAA